AUGUCUUCACCAACGGAACAGGAGACGAAAAACAAUUCUUUGAAUGACGAGGCACGCGCAUUUGUGGCGAAGCAAACGAAGCCAGUGGUGUUGCCGUCAUUUGCACGCUGGUUCGACAUGAACGAUAUUCAUGAAAUCGAGAAACGCUCCUUGCCAGAGUUCUUCAACAACGAAUCCAGAUUCAAGACCCCCAAGGUGUACAAGGAAUAUAGAGAUUUCAUGAUCCACACAUAUAGGCUCAACCCAAUGGAGUAUCUCACGGUGACUGCUGCAAGAAGGGGAUUGGCCGGAGACGUGGCCUCGAUCAUAAGGGUUCAUGGCUUUUUGUGCAAAUGGGGUCUGAUUAACUAUCAAAUUGAUCCAAAGACAAAACCUGUGAUCAUGGGUCCUCAGUUCACGGGCCAUUUCCAGAUAACACUCGACAAACCAACAGGUCUAGAGGCUCACAUUCCUAUCAAAAAAGAAUCUGACAAGGUGGAAGAAGAAACAGAGGAGUCAGCUGAAAAGUCCUCUUUUCCCCUGAACCUGGAAAUCAGAAAAAAUGUUUACGACACUGCUCAGGAUGCCUUUGCUUUGAAAGCCGAGGAUCCUGCCAAGAACGGUCUCAAACAGCUUUUCUGCAGCAUUACGGGUAACGAAAUCACCGAGACCAGAUACCACAACCUGAAAACCAAGCAAAACAUUAGCAAGCAGGCAUUUGAGGAUGGCCAGUUCCCCGCUGCAUUCAAAAGCAGCGACUACGUCAAGCUAGAGAAAACAUACAACCAGUCUGAUGCCAGGCCUUGGACAGAUCAAGAGACUUUGUUGCUGCUCGAAGCAAUUGAAAUGUACCACGACGACUGGACGGCCAUAAGCGGCCACGUUGGAACCCGAAGCAAGGAACAAUGCAUUUCUCGGUUCAUCCAACUCCCUAUUGAAGACAAGUACUUGGAAAAACAGCUUUCCAAAUCGACGUAUCAAGAAUUCCUCAAGCAGAGUUCCAAGCCUACAGGACUGGUGGAUGCUAUGAACAAUUCCAUCAAGCAGCUGCUGGAGCAAGACAGCGAGGCCCUUGCUAAAGUGGCUGCCAACUCUCGACUACAACUCCAGCAAGAGACCGCUGCUCAAGACGCGCUAAUAAGCCAGAUUAUGGCGCUUUCGCUCAAACAGUUCGAGCUUAAAUUUUCAAAGCUCCAAGAAUUGGAUAAACAGCUCCAGGCCGAGAAACGCAAGCUGGCUUUGGAGAAGCACAACCUGGUGGUGGACAGGCUGGCUCUGCGCAAACAGACUGCUUCCGUGCGCCAAAAACUACUCAAGGCUAGUGAGUUGGGAGCCACCGACGAGGGCCUGAUGCUCUGCGAGGAGGCCAUGAUGGAGGCCACCAGAGCACCUAGGGUCGUUGUUACAAACAAGACGAGCGAACUGGGAACCACAAAGGGUGACAACAUUCCCGAGAAGGUGAAUCUAAACGAAGAUUUCGAGCCAAUUAGUGUUAAAGAGCCGCAGCUCUACUCCAUAUGGUCCCAGUGA